GGAUGACUUUGAAAGCGAAAAUUUUUUUAAAUUGGUACUGGCAAUUUUUUUUGUUUUGAAUAAGACAAGAAAAAAAGUUUGCGAAAAGACUUUUUGCUCCUUCUCUUUAAACUCUACUUUCUAGUAUGACCGGUACUACCAGAACUUAUAGCAAGACCUCUAACGUCCCCAAGCGUCCUUUCGAGGCUGCCCGUCUUGAUCAAGAACUCAAGUUGAUUGGUGAGUUCGGUCUCAAGAACAAGAAGGAAAUCUGGAGAGUCGGACUUACUCUCUCCAAGAUUCGUCGUGCUGCUCGUGAACUUUUAAAGUUGGAUGAGAAGGAUCCUCGUCGUCUCUUCGAAGGUAACGCCCUUAUCCGUCGUCUUGUGCGUAUUGGUGUCCUUGAUGAAUCUCGUAUGAAGCUCGAUUACGUUCUUGCUUUGAAGAUUGAAGAUUUCUUGGAACGUCGUCUCCAAACCCAAGUCUUCAAGUUGGGACUUGCCAAGUCUAUCCAUCAUGCUCGUGUCCUCAUCCGUCAACGUCACAUCCGUGUCGGUAAGCAAAUCGUCAACGUUCCCUCUUUCAUCGUUCGUUUGGACUCUCAAAAGCACAUUGAUUUCGCUUUAACCUCUCCCCUUGGUGGUGGCCGUGCCGGUCGUGUCAAGAGAAAGAGAGCUGCUGCUGCCGGUGGUGCUGCUGAAGAUGAUGAAGAGUAAAUCUUU